AUGGAUGAGUUCCUUCGCUUGAUGAAUGAGCAGGCUCAACUGGCCCGUACACAAAGUGAUCACACUGAUGACGCGAACUAUUACGCGAAUCUGGAUCCGGACAAAUUAAUGAACGCGUAUGGUUUUGGAAGAUACCAAUGGUUCGUUUAUAUUCUUUGCGAAUGUAUGAAUUUUUUCUACUCGUCUGCGAUGUACGUAAUGCCAUACGUAGGACUCAAUCCAAUACUCGAGUGCACUUACAAG